UUAGUACCGGGGACAUGGGCCAUCACCAGGCACACUGCCGCUGACCCAGGUUCCCCCUUUUCUUCCCCGGCCUAAAGAUGGCCAGUGCCAAUGAGACUGAAGAGGGCCAUGGCUCAGCACCCAGUGCAGCUUCCACUUACGCCAAGCUGCUACUCCUGGGCUUCAUCAUCUGUGUGAGUCUAGCGGGGAACCUGUCUCUCUCGCUGCUGGUGUUGAAAGAGCGCGGCCUCCACAAGGCCCCCUAUUACUUCCUGCUGGAUCUGUGCCUGGCGGAUGUGAUCCGCUCAGCUGUCUGCUUCCCUUUUGUUCUCGUCUCGAUCCGCCACGGCUCUGCUUGGACCUACAGCGUACUGAGCUGCAAGAUUGUGGCCUUCAUGGCUGUUCUCUUCUGUUUCCAUGCUGCCUUCCUCCUCUUCUGCAUCAGCGUCACUCGCUAUAUGGCUGUGGCUCACCACCGCUUCUAUGCCAAGCGCAUGACUUUCUGGACGUGCAUCGCUGUCAUCUGCAUGGUGUGGACUUUGUCAGUGGCGAUGGCCUUCCCGCCUGUCUUCGAUGUUGGGACCUACAAGUUCAUCCGCGAGGAAGACCAGUGCAUCUUUGAGCACCGUUACUUCAAAGCCAACGACACCCUGGGCUUCAUGCUGAUGCUAGCCGUGCUGAUCUUUGCCACUCACGUGGUUUAUAUAAAGCUGCUGCUCUUUGAGUACCGCCAUCGCAAGAUGAAGCCUGUCCAAAUGGUUCCAGCUAUCAGCCAGAACUGGACGUUCCAUGGACCUGGAGCCACUGGGCAAGCUGCAGCCAACUGGAUUGCUGGUUUUGGCCGUGGCCCUAUGCCUCCGACAUUGUUGGGCAUACGGCAGAACGCCCACGCUGCCAACCGGCGAUUGCUGGGCAUGGAAGAAUUCAAGGCUGAGAAGAAGCUAGGCAGGAUGUUCUACGUCAUCACUUUGCUCUUCUUGGUGCUCUGGUCACCCUACAUUGUGGCCUGCUAUUGGAGGGUAUUUGUCAAAGCCUGUAGCAUCCCCCAUCGCUACCUCUCCACAGCUGUUUGGAUGAGCUUUGCCCAAGCUGCUGUCAAUCCUAUAGUUUGCUUUCUACUCAACAAAGACCUCAAGAAAGGCUUGAUUGCCCACAUUCCCUGCUGGAGGACAGAGCCUGAAUUGCCCAGAGAGCCUUACUGUGUGAUGUAAGGAAUGCUAAAAGGUUGGCUAGAAUGCACCCCCCCCCACACACACACGCACGCCAACUGGAUUUGUUUUUCUUUUUCCUUAUAUGUCACAUGAGGUUUUUCUUCCCCUGCAACGGGUCACUGUCUCCCAGAGUCCUUGUAUCACAAACACUCCGAUCUCUCUGUUUGUCUAAGGGCAAUUCUCGAAACCAUCCAUUAGCUGCUAUGAGAACCAGAGCUGGAUUCUGGUCUGUGUUCCUCUGGGGUAAAUCCAGAGCCAUACGCCAAACAGUAUUUGGUCACUAGUAGUAUUCCCAUCAGUUCUCAGAAGAGGUGAAAAAAAAUAAUUCUAUGCUUUCCUGGUUUUAUAAUCCCCAAACUCUAUCAAAUCAUUUAAGACUGUCCCUAUAAAACUCUAUCCCUAGCUUCUUAAUGCCCAUCAUUGCAUUGAAAGUAGGCCAGAGUUAGAUAUUUGGGGUUUGGUCUCCCAGAGCGAAGCCAAAACUAUUCCACUUUACUGGAGCAGAAAUAGUUUGCACUCAGUGGUUUUUGUUUGGAGCUAAAGGGUGACAAUGAAAAGGGGUCCCUAUUGAUGGAAUGUGCUUUUAAGGGAGAUUAAUUUUCUGAUCCAGUAACUCCAUCAAUGAAACAAAUUCCACGUGAUCUCAGAAUUUGUGGGGCUAUGGAGGAACGGGCCGAGAGAGGGUGUGGAGGAAAGGAGGCAGCAGCAGAGAAGAAUUGUUCGAGGGGAAGCCAUGGAGCGAGCCUUGAGUUAGCCUUGACUUAGCUCUUCGUCUGUCAGAAGCAGUAACCAGGGAGCUUUGGAAACUCCACCUCAGUUGCCAUGGCAGCAACCAAUCCAAGACCCCCGUAGACCCUGUCACUCUGGAACAAUGCAAGGAAGAAGAUGCAGGAGAAGCAUUUGGUGGGGAGAGGCCUGUAGCGGUGGUGGGGGAGAAGAAACCUUUCCCUUAAGAGUGGGAAACGAUAUAUCGAUAGGCAAAGCAGAAUGCAUUCAAGGCUGCAGAUGAAUGUAGGGUGGCUGCGUGGAAAUCAUAAGGCCUGAUGUCAGUUUCAUUGACGUCAGCUUCAUAGUACAUAUUCUCUCUGCUAAGAUGAAAGGCAACAAACGAGGUUUAUGUAUUUCUGUAGCCCCUCCCCUUCCUACUUGCAAACAUUCAAAACAUGUGAAACAUCAGUAAAUCCUAUCCAUGCCACAUACGACAGCAUUUUCUGCACCUGUUGGGAGAUGUUUACAGUUUAAGUAAGAUGCUAACCUGCCCAAAUCCAGUGUCCCAUAUUUCAGGAUUAUUUCAGCAGACAAGUUAUUGGUCUUUGGAUUAUUGAUAGAAAGAGGACAGGGUGUCUAUUGAGUUAGGAAAGGCACCCUAGUUCUAAACCCUACAAUGGAAAUCAGACCUAGGAAAAUGUGGGGAGGCAGGUAGACAGCUUGUAAAAGAAAAUAUGAGUGUACUGGUUACACAACUGGGAGAGAAAAUGUUACCCCUAAUUUUUAGCAAGGGCAGUGAAAAGAUAGAAUCUAAUUUCCUGAUUCUCUUCAUCCCAAAAUAUGAAUAGAGUUUGGGGUUUGGAACCGGAGAAACUAUGUUUGAGUUCAUACUUAGUUAUAUGACCCACCUGCCCUGUUGUUGCGUUUUCUGAAGCAGGAACUCUCCAAAUUCAACCUGACCAAUUCCUAGCCAUAGAGUUUGAUCCCGCUGACAUGGACAUGGUUACCGUUUGCAAUGGAGUGCUCCUUAUGGGAUGGGAUUGGGAGGCAUGGGCUGGGAGAAAAGAUUUAGGGGGAAGGAAAUGUUGGAGAAUGAUUCCUGGAAAAGAGGCAUCGUUGCCGGCAUUGUGUGAGAAAGGCAAAUGGGACGCUUGAAGAGGGCUACAUGUCAGGGAAAGAACUGGGGGGGAAUAUUAGUUCAGGAGAUGGAAGAGUCAGAGCCUGGGAUUGGGGGCAGGAUAUGGGGAAGAACCAGAUGAAUUUAGUGCAGAGAUUGGGGUUUCCCCCCACCUUUUUUUCCCUCCAAAGGACUCUGAUGUUUACUUUUGCCACUGAAGAAGACUGUUCGUCUUAACCCUCCUCCGGUCUUGCCACCACAGUAUGGCCUUAAUCACUGGCCAGCAUUACGGCCACCCCAUGGAGAACCAUAUUUGAAAAAAAAUAUGGCAAAUGAACAGAUUAUUUCCAGAAUGCUUCUUCUGGAAAGAGACAUGAACAAAGUUGUUGUUGUUUUUUUUUUUUAAAGGGGGAAAUGAAUAAAGAAAUUGAGACUACAGCAAGGGAGGGAGGGCUGGGUGGGGGGGCACAGGACAGACGGAUGUGUGUCCCCUGAAAUGUAUGCUUCUGAAUUUCUUUCCGAUGGGACAGCUUGGGAUAGUGGGUUGGGGGUGUAAUUCUGUGGGUGGAAAUUGAGAUUUGGGAUAAGGAUUCAGACUGAUCCUACCCCACCACCACCACUUUUUGUGUCAAAAAUUGUUUCCACUUCCCUUUUUUUCUGGGGAUUUUCUUGUUCGGUUUGGGUUUGAUUUUUUUUAAUAUACAUAUGAAAUGCUAUGAAAUGCAAAAUUCCUGGGUGGUUCUUUUUAAUGAAAAGCAAGACCAAAUAUAAACAAAGAAAACCAGAUGUGAAAUUCAUGACCCAAGUUCCUAACAUCUACUUUUAAUCUAAAUGGCAGUUGUGGAAGUAGGAGUUUUCUUUCCACCUAGCACCAGUUCUCUAAUAAAAAUAGCCCCUUAAACCAUGAAAGAACACAUAUUUAAUAUCCUUUUCACUCUUUAUAGCUAAGAGGCAGAAAGCGAGGUGAUACCAUGAGGGAAGGAUUAAUGUCCCAUGUCCCCCAGAUUGAAGGUCCUUGUUGAUUUGAUCCUGGGGGGAACAAAAAUACCUUGUGUUGUUUCUAGAAAUGUAUUGCCACCAUUGUCAACAAAGAAGGCAUGAAAGUUAGGAUUGUAAUCUCGACCUCUGUAUACACACAGAAUAUAUUUUCCAAGAGUGGAGCAAGGUAGAAAAAAAUGUGAAGUUUUGUAGUGCUGACUUUGUUGAAAAAGUAUCAUUUACAGACAGAAUGAAUAUUUGUAUGAGUUGAGUACCCCCUGCUCUAAGUUAUAUACACACAACAUUUCCUCUAAUUUUACCUGUACAAUUCUGCCCACUAGUAAGUAUUGACAAGUUGACAGAUCUAAAAUGAAUUCUGAACUGUAUUUUGCAGUCUGAGACAUGUUUUAAUUCAAAAAAAAAGUAUUGUCACUACUAACCUGCACAUCUGCUUUCAGUGUUAGGGCACAAAUAUAUGUAUCAAAUUAUAUUAAUGAUAUUUGCAUGGAUGUACACUGGUAGAAGAGGAGGCAUCUCUGCUAUCUUCCCCUCAUCUUAUAUCUAGACUCUUGGUUUGGAUGACAAAAUUAUCACAGGGAAGAUUUUAGUUCUCUUAUUUCAUAAAAAAAAGAAAAGAAAAAAUCAGCACAAUUACAUUAAAAAAAAUUGUAACCAUUUCAGGUUAAGAGACCUAGCAAGGUGAGUUCCACUAUUUAAUAGGCCAAGCAACAUGGGCCUCUGUUGAUUCACUUCAUGAUCUGUCAAAAUAUGCCCAAAAGUUGUUCUAUUCCUCUAUUCUUACUGCUGAGUAACAGCAGUUUUGACAAACCUCUUUGCACCUUGGCAGUUACAACCAUUUCCCUUCAUAUCUCUUUGAGACUGAUUCUCGCAUCACACUAACCAUUAUGUGGUUGGACUGGAUCGGUUUAGAAACAAUAUGAUGUGUGAACCCAGCCUCUGCAGCUUAAACAUGGGAAUGACUGCCCAGUGAGGUGCAUUGUAAAGAUAGAUUUUUCUAAAAGCUUCGCUUGUUCUUUGAAAUCCAUUUUGGCCCAACGUCCUGCUUUAAAAAGUCUGAUAACUUUAAUUAUGUGCCUGUUUGGAAGGAGAGACAUAAUUUAGAUUAAGAGUUAGAAGGAAAGCUUUUCGGGGUCUCCAGAGGUCUGGCUGCCCAUCUUUAAUAUGUAUAGAUUUUUCUAGGUAAGUUAUUUUACAGAUGAAAAUCAUAAUGAAGUCCUGCUCUACACAUUAGAACGUUUUGGAUGGCAUAUAAAUUUAAUAACUAAAUCAAUACAUUUUACCUCAAAAAUUAGAAUAGACACAGCAAAUCUAUAAGUUCUGAAAGGACAAACUUAUUUCACAUAACAUGCUUUUUUUGGUCUCUUCUGUCACAGAGGAAGCAUACUCUACUUACUUCCAAUUCUGAAACUAGAAUUAAAAUGUGCUCCAUUAUGUUAACAUUCCAACUAAUUAAAUCAAAUUCUGUAAGGUCACCAGCACAAUCGGGGCUGAAAAGCUUUUUAGCAUGCCUAGUAGGAAAGAUGUCUCAUCCCUAGAUCUGCUGCCAGAUUCCGUUCCUGGGAAAAAAACCUGCUCUGCUGUUUCAUAUUGAGGAUCUUUUAUCUCACUUCACUUUGACUACCUUUGAAGCCCACUAAACCCGUUUUUAAAAAUUAAAAAAUAAUAAUAUCCAUGAGGACUUCCACACUGCCAUUCUUUUCACUUCCAAGAUGUUCCACAAUCCCUGCUUUUUUGUACUGGACUUGCAAAAAAUGAGAGCAAAGGGAUAAGAAAUCACUGCCCGCCCCUGAAUUACUUAUUGGAGGUCCUGGAGAAACACAAAUGCCCUUACGUGCACACUAUGCAAAUGCAAAGGUUUUUAAAAUGUCUUUCACCCACCCACCCCCAUUCCUGUUUUUAUUUUAUGUGAUAUUUGUUUGUUCAUAUGCAAAGAAACGUAAACAGUUCCUGGGAGAAGGGAAGGAACGUGAUGGGCUUCACACCAUCUUUCUCCCCGAAAGUCCUCAGGAACUGGAGAGACAAGCUCCCACAAGCUCCAUAGAGCUACAACAUUGGAGGGAUUGGUUUUACUGCUGUUUCAGAGAAAACCGCAGCUGAAGCAAAAAUAAAAUUGGUAUGUUAUUAAAUCCAGCUGCUGGCAUGGAUCACACACAUAUGAACCUGCCGAACUACACAAGAUCCUUAUGUGGAAGCACCCAGAAUCCAAUUGAGAUUGUGAGAAAGCAACCACUUCUACUAUGUCAUUAUGAUAGUAUAUUAUCAAUAUUAUAAAUCUCCCCCCCACAGCACUAAAAACAUUGCCAACUGCUGCUCUGUGUUGAGGUGACAAGGAAAUGCCCACCAUAUGCCCACCAUAUUUAUGCAAGGAGUACACAACUAGUGUGGCUCCAGAUCUGCAUGUAAUUCCACAAAGCCUUCAGCAUAC